UUUUAUUUUAUUUUUGGAGAUCGUUUACCAAGGAUGGGCUGGACUGGGGAAAAGUUGGUUAGGGUUUCAUGUCGGGUUUUUAAUUUUUCGGCAGCCCAACACAACUUUGGUAGCCCAACAACUUGGUGACUUUACAGGGGAGUUUAGGGACUUUGGAGAUUUAUGGAUGGACAUGUUUGAUUUCUGUGGUUUGCCUGAGAUAGCAUCUAUUGGAUUUAUUGUCUUCCCCUAAAAACGUUUUCGGGGUUUUAGAUUCGGGAUUGCUACCUUAACUUGUUCUAUUCUUUCUCAAUAAAAACAUAGAAUAUUUAUUUUGCUCUUUAAAUGUUGUUGUACAUUCUAUUUUUGCCAUUUUCGAAAAAUAAUUUUUUACAAUUAGAUUUUAGAAAAAAUGAAGUUGCUUUCAAUUAUGAUUCUCCACAAAAAUCCUUCUCUUGGACAAACAAAACUUCUUAAAGGAGAAUACGAACUUGGAAGCUUUAGUUUCUUUACUAAACGUAAUGCACAGGAAUUUAUGCAAUUCACCGCAAAAUUGGUUUCUGACCGUUCAGCCACUCCCAGUCGAAGUACAAUUAAAGAAGGCGAAUAUUUUGUGCAUUGUUUUGUAAGGCAUGACAGUUUGGUGGGCGUCUGUUUGACUGAUGAAGAAUAUCAAUCUCGUGUAGCCUUUGCACUUUUAAACAAAGUUUUAGCUGACUUUUCUGAUCGAAUUCCUCAAAGUUCUUGGGCAUUAAUUCAAAGUGAGAGAGAUUGUAAUUAUGAUCAAUUGCCAAUGUUUCUUACAAAAUGGCAAAAUCCACGGGAAGCUGAUGCUCUUACUCGUGUUCAGGAUGAAGUAGAAGAAACCAAAGUUGUUUUGCACAAUACAAUGCAGUCAGUUUUGGAACGUGGAGAAAAACUUGAUGAUUUAAUUAAAGCAAGUGAAAAUUUGUCUGAUCAAAGCAAACUGUUUUAUACACAAGCGAGGAAGAUGAAUAGAUGCUGCAAUUAUGUUUAG